CUUUUUUAUUGUGUUAAUAACAUACUAAAAAUCAUGGAAAAUGGAAAAUAUUUAGAAGUGGAAAAACGUAUCUUUUUGUAUGGACGAUCACGUGGUAUACUUAACCCUCAUAAGAAGUAACUCUUACGGUAGAUGUUGCUUGGCGGAUUGCGCCUAAGGCCUAUAUGAAGAAAAUGAUGGAAAUUCUUAUUAGACGGUGAAUGCUGUCAUGGGGUAAAUCUCGGUAGCUCAGUUGUUAGAGCAAAGGCUGGAAGUUAGUAUCCCGGAGUCGUGAAAACGGUGUAUUUUUUUUUAACUUAAAACCUUUAUUUGUAAACUCAUUCAUUUUAUUAAGGAACUAGUGACCCGCCCCGGCUACGCACGGUUUACAAAAAACCCCUAACCAAUUGCAUACCUAAACCUUUCUCUAGAAUCACUCUAUUGAUAGGUGAAAACCGUAUGAAAAUCCGUUAAGUAGUUUUUGAGUUUAUUGCGAACAUACAUACGUACAAACAGACCGACGCGGCGGGGGCUUGGUAUUUUUAUAAGGUGUUGAUAGUGAUGUGAAUCUUACCAGAAUAAAUCAUGUGUCAAAGAAUGUGGAAUCUUUAAUGUAAGUAUUUAAACUUCAUAGUCUUCUUUCAUUUUAGUAAUGUAACUAGUAUGCCCAAGUAUCAAAUUCCUUUGACUCUUGUAAGGUGCGCUCCGGCUUAACCCGAUUGGUGACAUUGACAUUAUAAUCAGUAUUAUUGCAAGAUCUGUAGGGGCUAGUCGCUGCCGCUCUGUUAAGUGAAACCGCAAACAAACUAUAAUCAACGCGACUUCAACAGGAAAACGUGCAAUUUUAUUAUAUAUAUUUCUAUACAACUAUAAUUAUUACUAUAAUGUGACACUAUAAAUGUGAUUAUUAUCGAUGCCAUGUUUGAUCUGUGUGCAUCGCGAUGAAAAACUUAUGGAACAAGCUGCUAGUCCAGGUAGUGGUGCUAGUAUACUUGGCAAGAACGUCUGAAUCGGAGACUGUGCUGAUGCACCCAAAGUGCAAGACUACCGCCAACUGCCGAGAACGCCCAAAUCAAUCUGGGACAACAUUUUAUUACUAUGUCAAAGGAUCAAGAGGACAUAACGCCGAGCAGCAAGUAAAAGUGGAAAUGAAGAAAAAUGCAUUGUCGUUAUGUUGCAACUGCCGUCCUGGUGAUCACGAGCUGGCGAUCGACGAUCCUGCUUUGCCGGCAAUGCCGCGGCCCACAGACAUAAAAACCUUAGAAAUUGUCGGUUGUUUAGUUCCAAACGUAUCGUACAACGAUGCAAUAGGAGCACUUAACAUAAAAUUUUCAUGUAACGAUUGUGUUCUAACAUUGUCUGACUUACCUGCGGAACCACGCCUAGAAGGCUACCAUCUGAAAGGAUUGGUAAUAAAUAAGCUUACAAUAACUGCUUUAUCCGAAAAACCAGCCACGCGCCCUAAGAAGGAUUUCCUAAAUGGAUUGAAAGAAUUGAAAAAUCUAGAGCUUGAAGGCGUGGAACUUGAGGAGGAGAUUCAAACACUUCUACCAAAAUCACUUGAAACACUAUUGCUGUUUAACACCCACCUGCUGCUGCCGCCCGUAAAUGCAACGGAAACGCAAUACAAUCAAAGUCACUGGCUGCAGCGGCUGCCAACUUUGAAGUAUCUUAGACUAGUCGAAAAAAACACAAGGGUACUGAAAAGACCUGUGGUACUGCCACCACUGGCCUCUUUUCCCAAACUAACUACCUUGUUAUUGAAGGAUAUUCUGCUAGCACCAAUGCCUGAUAAUGUAAACUGGCUGAAAGACUCGCAUCUGCAAAAUCUCAUAAUUAUGGAUUGUGGACUAGAAAAGCUACCGCAUGAUUUCUUCAAAGGUGCCAAUAUAACUAGAAUUUACCUUAAGAACACAACAUUGGGAUCAUUGCCAGAUGACGUGUUUGCUCCUCUAGAAACAAGUUUACAUGAAUUAGACCUUUCACACAACCAGCUGAAAGGACGAGACCUGGUGCGCGCCGUACAGUCGCUGAACCAGCUUAAGAUUCUGAAGGUCAACAACAACCCUCUGGGCUCGCUGUGUGGAUCUGGCCAGUAUUAUUAUAAGGUUGAAUCCGGGUUGCCAAAGAAUCUGCGACGCUUGGAACUGCGCAACACUAAUGCGACGCGCAUUUGCAGUGAUUGGACCGAGAAUGAAUAUCUCACUGAAAUAUUUCUGGACAAGAAUAACAUCAAAUUUUUAUGGUACAGUAAUUUGAAAAUGAAACGUGCUGAAAAUAAGCCAGUAAUUCUUAGUAUGAAAAAUAAUGGCAAUAACAACAACCCAUUGAAAAUUUUCAUCAACAAAAGCGACUUCAACGAAUGUCGAAACGAAAGUUUAUCUCAAAAUGGUGGAACUCGUAAGCGCGUACAAGUCAAACUAAUAUUGAACUCGUUGGCAUGCGACUGUAAUGCGUACUGGCUUCGGGAGUUGCUGCGCAGUUGCUCGUUAUUUACGCCAGAGGAGCCUAAUCGUGUAAAUUGCACGACGCCAUCUGGAGUAGCAGUGCUACUUGCCCACGACCGUGGACGCUUGACUUGCUCGUACAAUGGUCCCUGCCCUAAAGGAUGUUCGUGCGCAAAACGGCAGCCCGACAAUGCUACGGUGGUGCGGUGUGCGGGUCCGCUGCCGCUGGUUCCAAGCUGGCCGCCGGCUGCACCUGGCUACCCGGUAGCGCUGCACGUUGCGCCCGGGACGCUGGCUGCCGUGCCGCGCCUCAAUCUCCUAGAACUGCAUGCCCCUAAUAACAAAAUAACCAACAUUGAUAAAGAGGACAUACCUGAUACCUUGCGUAUCCUCGACGUGCGCAACAACAGCAUCGCGCACAUCACAUCGAGCGCAGCCGAGAAACUCCUGAGCCUCAGUAAAAAUGUCGACUACAAGGUGUUGCUCGGCGGCAACCCGCUUGCCUGUGAGUGCGAAGACGAAUACGCGAUUGCGACGCUUCAACGUGCUAAGAUAACGGAUUGGAAUACGACCCAGUGUGUUGACCGUUACUAUGUUAUCGAUAAGAGGAAACUAUGUAAUGAUGAAAUGCUUCCGACAUUGCUGGGAGUCAUAGGCGCUUUGUUUAUUCUGACAUUAGCAGCACUAUCUUUUCUCUGUUUACGGCCGCGCAUUAAUCAGUUCCUCUUUAACCAUGGUAUGUGCUUAAAAUAUGUACUGAACGUUAAAGAUGACGCUGAGGAUCCUAUAAAAACACACGACGUGUUCAUAUCGUAUUCUCAUAAAGAUUUGGAGUUCGCCAAAAAAUUGAUUGAAAAACUUGAGAGCUACGGCAACACUACCAUAGAACACUGCCGUGAUUGGCUUCCAGGAGAAUCAGUAAUUCAGCAGAUUACUGACUCCGUAAUGAGCGCAAGGCGAACUCUGCUGCUUGUGUCCGAUAACUAUGCUGAAUCUAAGUGGGCUUUAGAAGAAUUCCAUGCCGCUCAUGCACAUGCUAUGGAGCACGGCUCAGCUCGAGUGAUAGUAGUACUAUGUGAUUUACAAUCGGUUAAGAAAUUACCGGAAGAACUUCAACUUUAUCUUAAACAUAACACGUACCUUGACUGGAGCGAUCGUUACUUCUGGGAUAAGCUGUGUCGAGUCAUGCCCCAGCCACGGGUUGUCCCGCCGCCUGUUAUAGAGCAAUCAUUACAUGAUAAAGCAGUUCGACCUUCUGUUAAAGGGCAAGAAAUUAUUGCCGCUCCUGCCUUGUUGUUAUCACGGUUAUCUUUGGAUAAAGACCUGCCACUAUCUAAGCUGGUACUAGUCGCACCCGUACAGAAAUCUCACGAUGGCCCGCAUGAGUCGUCAGAGGAGGCUUCGCCAGUUACCCCAGUGGUAACAGAGCCCCCACCACUUGGUAUCAAUCACAGACAUCGGUAGUGUCAAUAUAUUAUAUUAACUCUUCCGUAGAAUAUUCAAUAGGGCUUACCAGCGACUCAGCUUGUUAGCAAAACCAUUCCCCAACUUAGGUAAUUAUUAUCUCGGAACGAUAGAAAGUAAUUAGUAACAUUUAGUUUCCAUUAUGAUUAUAUAAAAUUUUAAAGUAAAUUUCGUAAGGCAUUAAGUAGUUAAUUUGUAGAUAAGACUUACCUAUAAACCGACGGAGUUGGAGCGUACCUGACUGAAGUCUCAUCUCUCCUGGCGACCUUAGGCAUACUCGUAUCUAUCUUUAAAUGCCUUUGAUUUGAAUACCUAUGUGUUAAGGUUAACUCUAGCUUCGAUUAUCAUAAUUUAUAGAUUAGUUUCUAGAUAAUUCCUUUCUUUCUUUAAACAGGUAUGCCAUUCAAAAUGAGCAGCCUAAGAUAUCGAUUCUAUGGUUAAAAUCUCAAUUUAACUUAUUGUUGUAAUAUAACAAGUGCGAGCAAGAUGCCAUAAAUGAUUUUGCGCAAACGAUCGUUUCAUAUCAAGGUCUGGUUUUGACACAGAUUGCAUACAUAUAUUAAUAUCUGAAUAAAAAGAGAGAGUAAAAAUUCAGGACUUGGCGUUCCAAUUAGCAGAACAGCGAAGCAACGCUGCGAGUGUGAUGGGGACUUUUGGACAAGGCAUGUCACAGGACGGGCUUUAGUUAGGUUAGUUAAAUAAUUUUAAGUUUGUGUUUGUAUAGUGGUGCUUUUUUUUUUCUUGUAAUAGUAGAGUUUUAUUUAAGUUGUUUUUGUAAUGAUUGCUAUUGAUUAUGUGUGAUUUAAUUUGUUCUAAUUAAAUGCCUAUUCACUUUAGAAAUUAAUUUAAAAACAUUGACAUUAAAAUUAGCAGAAUGUUUAAAGUGCCCAAUUCUACUGCAGUCCUUACAUAUAGGAAUGUGAAUAACUGAGAUAUUUACGAUGUUUUCGACACCCACGACGAUUUUUGAGCAGGUCAAGAGUUAUCUAUAAAACUACAAUAGCUUGGCUGUUAGGUUUACUACUACUGUGUAGGUACAGAACAUGAGAUGCGAGAUUUAUGUGGUCAUUGUUCUCUUUACACGGGUAAAAGUUAUCAUUUAAGUAAUUAAAGUAAUUGAUUAAUCAAAUGAGAUGUUUAUGUGGGGUUUUGUCUUAUUACCUAGUUCAUGAGGAUUUCCCUUAAUCAUUAUCUCCGAGUAACAAUAGUUCGUGGAAACAAUAGUAAUUUUCUAAAUUAGCGUCAUGGGAUUUGUGGGUUUAAUGAUAAUGAUAGCAAGCGUUGGGGUAAUAAGAUCUUUCCUCGUUGUUUUUAUUACAAAGUUUCAAAAUUAAUUGUUAAUACCCGGGCAAUAAAAUAUAAUGCGUAAUAAAAAUAAGUUUAGUAGGGUCUUUGUCAUGAAUGUUCCAUUUAUUUUUAUCGGAGUAGGCAUAACUUGCGCCGGCGAGGUGUUAUCAUACGACCCUAGUAUGCGAAAUAACCAACGGUUCGGUCACAAGGACACGAAUCCGCGCGCUACGGCGGUGUGCAAAUGAGACAUCGAUAUAAAUAUGUAUAGCGCUGUCUCGCUCAUACAGCGGAUCCGCGUCCGAGUCACCGAAGCAUAAGGCAGUUGUCCAUGCGGCGACUAAAAAACAACUGGUGGCGUUAGACCAUUUUCUGUAAACUCCUUUUACUCCUAUUCACAAUUAGAAAGACUAAUUUAAGUUUCCGAGCGUAUGAUUAUGUUUAAAUAAGUUGCAUUUAUAAAUCGUUGAUGAUAGGAUAGGAUCGUUGAUGGCCUUCGAAGAAAAAAACGCGCUCAUCACUAAUCGUUGCCGAUCGGACACCUGCCUAAACCACCGACAGAUCUCAAAAGAGGUUAUUAACCAAUAGCCCUCAUUACAAGCCGUCGUCCAAAACACGUAACUCAAUUAUUUGAAGUAUUUGUUUGGACGACCGGUCUGGCCUAGUGGGUAGCGACCCUGCCUAUGAAGCCGAUGGUCUCAGCUUCAAAUCCUGGUAAGGGCAUUUAUUCGUGUGAUGAGCAUAGAUAUUUGUUCCUGAGCCAUGGAUGUUUUCUAUGUAUUUAAUAAUACUAUAAAUAUGUUUAUUUUAUAAUAUAUCGUUUUCUGAAUACCCGCAACACAAGCUUUAUUGAGCUUACCGUAGGACUUAGUCAAUUUGUGUAAUAAUGUCCUAUAAUAUUUAUUUAUUUAUUUAUUUGUGUGUUUCUAUUAAUAAUGAUGGUAUCAUCGUCCUGUCCACACUGUUACCUGACAAUACAGCUUCUUAAUAUACUUAAUAAUUAUCUCAUUGUCAAUACAUAAAAGUCUACCUGGUCAAUUGGUCAGUUAAGAAGUGUUACUAUUAGCAAAGAUACAUUGAUUGAGAAUGUAUGAUGCGUAAAAUCGAAGACAAUUUCGUGCUUCGAAUUUGACAGGUAAACCAGAUGACGCUGUACAGUAGGGUUAAGAUGGUCGGCUCUUUGUCACUUGUCACCAUGACUGUCACUUUCUAACAAGUAUGUCAGCGCAAAAGUGACGGGCAUAGUGAAAAGUGAUAAAAAUGGAACCAUGCUGCUACCGCAGCUCCAUACAUUCCGCGGAAACGUAACUCUGAUUGUCAAAAGUUGACAUUUGACAGUUCAGUGACCACAAAACAUACAACGCAUUACAGCGCCAUCUGUUUUGUAUGUAAAAAUAGGGAGCACGUUUUGUUUUUAGACCUGACCUCUCUAUUACAAUAAUUUAUCUUUGCUAUUAAUACUAAAAUUAAUACAACUAAAAUUUUAAGGACAAUUCCUUUUUAUGCAUAUUCGGCCCAGUAAGUUUAGCUUAGAUUAUCCUAAUAAUAAUAGUACAAUGUAGUCGUCACGUAAGAAAAGAUUUAUUUUUAUUUUAUAGUUCAACACAAAUCGUUGUGAUACUUAUAUGCGAUAUCACUAUUGGGGGGCGAUUUUUGAAUUUCGAGCGCUCGAUUUCGUCACUCAAAAAUCUGUAGAAAACGGCGACAUGAUAUUUUUGAAGUAGAAGCGAUAGAAAUUGGGAAUCCAGUGGAAUUUACCACUCGUUUUCUAUUCUAUUAGUAGAAUUUAAAUGCCUAGUAGUGGAGAUAUUAUUAAAGGGAGAACACGAAAUCGAUAGAUCGAAAUCCAAAAAUCGGCCCCCUGGUCUCGCUCAAAAACUGAGUGAAAAAAACCUUUGUGCAUCACGAUGUUUGUACGUUACUCAUUGUUAAUGUUGUCCUUCGAUAAAUCCACAUUUCAAUAACCUUAGUUUGUUGACUAAAUUAUUUUUCAAGGACCAGCUUUCGGAACCAUACAUAAGAAUUGGGACGAUGUAACAUUUAACUAUUCGUCACCCCAGUUUUAUUUAUUUAAGUAUUUAUAUAUUUUACUUUAUUUAGUUAUAUAUUUAUUAUAUAUAUAUCUAUUUAUCAUGUUAAUAUGUAGGUGUAUUUAUUUACUUGUAAAAAACCCUGUCAGCAAAAAUGAUGUUCAUGUUUACAUGAUAAUAAAUGAUUGUCACAAUUUGAUUUUAAUGUCAAUGUGUUUAGCGUACUCACUGUCUGCAUAAUACUAGUAGGUAUUUUACAAUAUUUGUUGUGGUUUAUCAUAAAAAGUACCUCUAAGAUUUUUUAAAAUUAGAUUUAUACUUUAAUGUACGUAGUAUAAGCUUUAAAUAUUCUUCUAAAGUGCCAUUGCCGAAUUAGCAAUCUUGUGAGAGUGUUCAUGUUUUGUUUCAUUUAGCGUCUUUACUCGUAGCCCUUCAAUUCACGUUUAUUUCUGUUCUAAGGUAAUUUUUUCAUUCCCUUGUAAUUGUGGUUUUGUUUCAUUCCUCUUGUCGAUCUUUCAAUUCCCUGAUAGCUAAAAUGUAAAUUGAUAUAAUUAUGUAAUAAAUGGACCAAAAGUUAUACCUACUCGUUUGAUGGGCUUAUUAACAUCCAUAUUUUAUUAAAACUUGGCCAAUUUUUGUAUACAAAUAAAAAUAAUUUCUGGUACCCAGUACAAUAUAAUAAUACAUUUUAUUGUAGGGUCAUUCUUAGUUAAGAGGUAAUUGCUUGUAUAGUAAAUGCGGCACGACAUAAAUGUCUUGAUCUAAUUAUAAUUUAUUUUUAAUUGUUUAAUUUUUUUUUAAAACAACUCUUCUAUAUAUACCUGCAAGGUCACCAGUCAUAUUUUUAAUUUUUUUACUGAAAGGCUGUACUUUUUCUAUGUAAUUACAGAGAGUAGUCUCUCCCCUGGGCUAUAACCGCGCUAUAACCCCUGAUCUCUUAAAAAACAAGAAAAAAAUGAGAAUUUGACCAGCCACCGUACAGAUUCGAGCAAAUUAAAAUGUAAUGAUUCGUUUAAACCAGUAUUUAUAUCUCCAGUGAAUAUUUUUGAAAAUUAUGUGUCAGAGGAAAAACGCCAGGGGAGAGAAUUUUCAUGUGACAACUGAUAUAAUUGUAAAAUUAUUUAUUGUAAAUAAAUAAAAAAGUAUUAUUAUAAUCUAUGCGUACAUUAUUUUAAAAAUAUAAAUAAAACAAAGAAUUAAAAUAAAUCAUUUUCAAAUAAAACUGACCAGGGUAGAUACCAUUUUUAGUGAACAGUAUCGAUAAUUACAGAUGUCUUAAGCAAAAUGACUGGCAAUCAGAGCAAAAAGAUGAUCAUUGCUGGAUUGGCUGUUAGUUUAUAGUCAAAUGCAUCGCGAUUAUGAUUAAAAUUGGCAUAUUAUAAAUCAUAAUUACAAUAUUUUAAGAAAAAGGAAUUUGUAUGUUUGAAGCGCCAUUGUAAAAAAACUAAAUUGAUUAAUGGAUUUAAAUUAACUGCCCAUGAAGUAAAUGCAAUCGAUUAAGGGAUACUAACUUUUUUUUUAAAACAAAAGUAUGAAUAUGUAUCAUAGACAUCGUUAAUACCUCUUAACUGAGAAUCAUCCUAUACCAAAUUGCAGUUACAAACCUUUAUGUUAAUUUGUCAUUUGAUCAUUUCAUUUCCUAAGUGUUGGUUUUUAGUUUUUUUCUUAUAAAGCUAUAUUUAAUUUUUUGGAGAACGGUUUUCUAAUUAUCAAGAAAUCUAAUAUAAAUAUAAAUACGGUAGGUAGACGGUUAUAUGAAAAAUGGCCUUCUGUUCAGUGUUUGUUCUCUUAAACCUAAAUGAACAAUUUAUGAUAUAGGUAUAAGUUUUAUUGUACCUAGGUAUGCAAAUCUAAUAAACGAUUCUUUUGA